AUGGGUCCAAAAACAUCGACCACAAUCUCGUCCUUAGAACCGACGAGUAACCAAAAUCGACUGCCAAGAAUUGGCGGAGGACUCACCGAAGUAGUUAUCGAUGGUGGUGUUGGUGGUAUUGUGAGUGAAGGCGGUACAUCAGGGGGUGUCUGCAGCGGAGGUUGGAGAGCUAGCGAUGGCAGCGGCGGUGGUGUUGACAGCGGCAACGGCUGCUUCAAGUGCGGUGAGAACGACCAUGUGGCAAGGGUGUGCCCGACCGAGGGUGGCGGUGGCCGGUACAGCGGCGGUGGUGUUGGCAGUAUUGGAAGUGAAGGCGGCACGUUUGGGGGUGGUGGCGAAGAGGUUGGAGACCAACACACAUCUGGAGCAGUAGCCGGAGGGAACUUGUUGGUGGCCGGAAAAUUUGCCUCGAAGGAGGAUUGCAGGCUGUAG